CAAGCACGAGCAUCAACAGAAACACAACAACCCGACUUCUUCACUGCUGCCACGACCUCAUAUUCGGAGCCUCCCCAGAUCACAGACCGUCCUCAAGAGCAAUCACAACCACGUUUCGUAUCCGAGGGUACCGACCCUCUGCCGCCGACACCACUCGACAUGCCUGCUCCCGCCCUUCUUCGCUCCGAGACUGCUGAGCCCAUAGGUCCUUCGACCGAUCUGCCCACUCCCAUGCCUCAGACGCCAGGCUUCGGAACUCCCAGCGGUCCCGUCAUCACUAUAAAUUUGCUGCUGAGUAGCACCGGCACGCGCCAUCCCUACCGCAUAGAUCAGAAGUAUCUAGCCAAGCGAAAUGUUACGGCCGAGAAUGAGAGUGGUGCCUUUGAUCCCUUUGUCAUCAGCGUCUACACUCUGAAGGAAUUGAUCUGGCGGGACUGGAGAGAGGAAUGGGAACCCAAGCCCUCAUCUCCCGCAGCGAUCCGCUUGAUCCACUUUGGUCGCUUCCUAGACGACAAAUUGCCCUUGAAAGAAUGCCGAUUUAGUGACUCGGCCCCCAACGUUGUACACAUGAGCGUCAAGCCUCAAGAAGUCAUCGACGACGAAGAGAAUGCAAAAUCAUCAAAACGCAAAUCCAGCGGCGGUGGUGCCAGACCCGCCCGUGGCGAUGGCGACGAGCCAACCGCUGGUUGCCGAUGCAUCAUC